AUGGACGACGGCGAGCACUGCCCUGGUCGUCUUCAGGAGUACCAGGUCAUCGGGCGCCACCUGCCCAGCGAGGCCAACCCCACCCCCAAGCUCUACCGCAUGCGCAUCUUCGCCCCGAACGAUGUCGUCGCGAAGUCCCGUUUCUGGUACUUCCUGGGCAGGCUCCGCAAGAUCAAGAAGGCGAACGGUGAGAUCGUUUCGCUGAACCAGAUCCACGAGAAGCGCCCCCAGAAGGUCAAGAACUUCGGUAUCUGGAUCCGCUACGACUCCAGGUCCGGCACCCACAACAUGUACAAGGAGUACCGUGAGAUGUCCCGCACCGAGGCCGUCGACGCUCUCUACCAGGACAUGGCCGCCAGGCACCGUGCCCGCUUCAGGUCGAUCCACAUUCUUAAGGUCGUCGAGGUCGAGAAGGCCGCCGACCUCCGCCGCCCGUACAUGAAGCAGAUCCUCACCAAGGACCUCAAGUUCCCUCUGCCCCACCGUGUCAACAAGACCACCAGCAAGAAGAUCUUCGCCGCGAGCAGGCCUUCGACUUUCUUCUAAGCGUCGUGUAUAUGGUUGCGUGGGAGUGCUUGGGGGUACUGCUUCAGGGUUACCGGAAAAAUGGGCAAUUCGCUGUAGCUACAAUACCAUGGCGGUAGCUCCAAAAAUGAAUGAAAAGCCCAACGAUUCUGCGAUCUUUACGGACUGAGGCACGGACACUGUGCUUUGAGAAGCUUAUGAUUACUGCUGUAGGACGUAUGCAGCCCAUAAUUCUAGUCGGACCUGCCCGAGCCAAACGCUUGCCAUUUCAACC